AUGCCACUGAAUGUGUCUCGGUUCAAGAAACUUCCAGAACUUGUGAAGGUUAUGUCAUUGCUAACUUCGCUAUCUCUCCUCGUCUAUCUCGGAACCAUCAAAUUCAGACCUCCAGGAAUGUCUGUAAUUUGGUUCACAAUCGGAUGCUCUAUCGUAUUCGACAUAUGCACAAUUGCCGUUUUACUCAAAGAAUACGAUGUUUCUGUUAUGGCAAUCCGAAUGUUACCGUAUGCUGCUAUUGAAUGUGUUGGAUCAAUUCUCGGUUUAAUCUUCUACGUCAUCUCAAUGGCCAUCUCCAUCAGUAGCGAGGAAGUGACAGAUGAUUUCGGAUUUAUGGUUGUUGCUGUCAUUUGUUUCAUAAGUGCACUGAUCCACGUGUCCAAUCUCGUUGUGAAUAUUCGAAGAUGGAAUAAUGGAUCUCAUCAUUUGAAUCCGUCUGGUGUGUACGAGUAUUCAAACUAUGGAUCCGAAGCUUAA